AUGGGCCGAGAUUUAUCCAACGUGUUCCGCCACUUCCAACGCAAUCUGCAAGGAGAUUUGGCACCGAAUCCCGUGGGGCGGCCACCUGCCCUGUCGGCGGCCCAGGUGGACAAGGUGGUCGAGACCACCGAGGCCAUGGUUGUGGCUGCCGACGGCAAGUACCAGGUCACGGCCUUGAUGGUUCGAAACGCCCUGAAGCUGAAGUGUUCGGUCAAGAGGGUUCAGGAGGCGCUGCGCAGCCGCGGGGUGCGCUUCCGCCCCAUGCGCGAGAAGCCCAUUCGCACUGUCGAUGACGAGAAGGACCGGCUGGCCUUUGGUAAUCGGCACGCCAAGAAGCCCCCCAGCUUCUGGGUGAGUGGGAUCCAUGCGUAUUUGGAUAACAAGAUGUUCCCGUUCUACCCGAAUGGACAGGGCCGCGCAUACGCGGCCAAGAGGGCUGCUCGCGGCACCUACCGCGCCAAGGGCAAGGGCUUGGCGAAGGGCCACGUGAAGCCGCGUAGAUCAUUGAAGGUCACCUUCGGCAAGGGCGUCAACGUGGCCGUCGCCAUCUCCGCGAAGAAGGUUCUCAUGUGCCACGUAGUCCCCAAGCAGUGGAACGCCGCGGAGGCGUCGACGAUGUACUCGAAGUCCUUGUCGCCAGCGCUGCGCCGCGCGUACUCCGGCAAGACGCGCUUCCUGGUUUUGGAGGACAACGACCCCUCGGGGUACAAGUCCAAGAGUGCAGUGCAGACCAAAGUCGCUCAUGCUAUCGAGGUGCUGCCUUUUCCGAAGCGCUCGCCAGACAUCAACCCGUUGGAUUACGGCUUCUGGGACUGCGUCAACCGCCGCCUCCGCAAGCAGGAGGCCACCUACUCUUCUGCUAAGAAGGAAACCAGGGCCCAGUUCGUGGCGCGCCUCAAGAGGACCAUCCAGCGCGUGCCCGAGGCCAUUUUGACGCCCCUGGUGAAGUCCAUGGGCCGGCGUUGCAAGGCCCUCCAGCGGGCGAAGGGGAAAGACUUCGAGGCCCUCGCCGGGGCCGCGCUCGGGUUGGGCCUGGAGCGCGAGCGGCCGCCCCUGGGCCGCGCGGCGGACUUGCGCGAGCCUGCGCGGGCUCGGCGCGCCAGGCUCCGCCUGGGCGACGCCGGCGCGUGGCCUGCUCAGCGCAGCUGGCGCGACAGGCUGGCGGCGCGGGGGUCGCCCGUGGCCCAGCCGGAGGACGCGCCCGCGCCCCUGCUCGAGGCCGCGCCCAGGGCCCAGCCCGCGGCGGCGCAGCCGGCCGACGGCCGCGGCUCAGACUCCAGCUCCAGCGGCGGCAGCGACAGCGAGGGCGACGCUGCUGCCGACGAGCCCGACGCCGACUGGGUCAAGGAGGAGGAGAACGAGCAGGCGCGAAGCCACGUCUUCCUGGUGACCUACUCCGCCCUGCUCAACGCGCCCGAGGACGCGGGCAUGGCGAACCCAGCCGACAUGGACGACAGGGAGUUCUUCCGGAAGGCGCUCCUAGACGCGGUGGCCAACCUCGCCCCCGCCGCCGGCAGCCAGGGGGGGCGCCCGCGGACCAGGGCGUUGGAGGUCAACUUCCUGCUCACCGUCCAGGAGAAGCACCAGGACGGGAAGGUGCACUACCACCAGGCAGUGAAACUGUCGCACGAGACUCGCUUCCUGCCAAUAAAGACUGCGCUCCGGCAGCGGUCGAAGCUCGCCUCUCACUGGAGCACCUCGCACACCGAGCUCUGGAGCGCCGUGCGCUACCUGACGCGCACCAGUGACAGGAAGAAGUCGGUCGACCGCAGCCCCGACGUCUGGGCGAAAGACGGCUCGGCGCCCAACCUCUACGAGAUGGGCAACGAGGGCUGGGGUGCGAAGAUGCACAAGCGCAGGCGGGAGCAGGCGGCGAUGGCGGCGGGCGACCAGGUCCUUGAACGCAGCGCAAAGAAGUCGAAGGAGAUCUUCGGGAAGCUGGACUUGUACGCCCUUGUCGUGACCGACAAGUUGCUGACGCCUCGCAAGGUGAUGACGCACGCGCAGAAGAAGGGCUCCCUGGCCAUGCAGAACUACGUCGCCCGCAACCAGCGGAAGUUGGCCGAGCUAAUCGAGGAAGCUCUGGAAUGGGAGGGGGCGUCGGAGAGGGCCGAGGAGGACGACGAGAGCGACUGGGGCCUCAUCCUGCGGAAGGCUGCGUGCACGUGCGCUUGCGGCGAGGCGGGCUGCGAGUGGUGGGCGGCAGCCGUGGCCUUCUUCGACAGGAACCCGGGGGUCGACAGGGACUACUUGGCGGCGUGCUUGGUGAAGAUCAUCAAGGAAGGCCCGAGCAAGACGGCGCGCGUGCCUCUCAUCGUUGGGCCGCGCAACGCCGGCAAGAGCACGGUCUUGGAGCCGGUGCUGACUCUUUUUGGGGAGGACGGCGUUUUCACGAAGCCCAAAUUGGGCGCCUUCUGCCCCCUGGCCAAGCUGGUCGGCCCACAGCGUCGGUUCAUUUUCUUUGACGACUACAGGCCUGUGGAGUACGCUUCCAUGGCAGAGAGAAGCCCCACAGUGCCAGUCACGGACUUCCUGGCGAUGUUUUGUGGCCAGAAGUUUCAAGUCCAAGUCAGCCAAUGCUUCAACAACGGCCAGCCGGACACGAUCUGGAAGCGCGGGGCUGCCAUGACUGCGAAAAAGAAGGGCUUGUGGAUGCCGAGCGACGUUGUGCCGCAGGAGGAAAUCCGCCACAUGCAGGCCAGAGUCGUCCAAUUUGAGGCGAAGGGCAAGCUGAAAGAGGCUGAUUUCAGGACCGUGCCUAAGUGCUCGGAGAGUUUUGCGCGGUGGCUGGUCACGGGUUCUACGUAUUAUGGGAACAGGCCCCCGCGGCAGCCAACAGCCCGCGAGGAGGCGCAGCCGCGCAAGGCAGCCAGCAAGACUGCCAAGAAGGCAGCCAACGAGGCAGUCAACAAGGCAACCAACGAGGCGACCAACAAGGCAUCCAACGAGGCAGCCAAUAAGGCAGCCAACAAGGCAGCCAAUGAGGCAGCCGACAAGGCAGCCAACAAGGCAGCCAACGAAGCAGCACACGAGGCAGCAAACAAGGCAGCCAAGUGCGCCAACGAAGCAGCCAGCGAGGCAACCGGCGAGGCAGCCAACAAGGCCGCCAACAAGGCAGCCAACCAGGCAGCCAGCAAGGUAGUCAACGACGCAGCCAACGAGGCAACCAACGAGGCUGUCAGUAAUGCAGCCAACGAGCCAGCCAGAAAGGUUUUCAACUUGGCCGUCAGCGAGGCAGCCAAGAAGACUGGUAGUGGGCACGCAGCCGACGAGGCAGACAACGAGGCAGCCGACAAGGCAGCCCACAAGGCAGCUAAAGAGGCAGCCAACAAGGCUGUCAGCACGGCAGCCGACGAGGCAGCCAAGAAGGUUGUCAAUUUGGCGGCCAGCGAAGCAGCCAAGGGAGCUGUCAACUUGGCCGUCCGCGAGCCAGCCGGUCACCCUGAGUUAGCGCAGCGGUGGAAUUGGUGCCCUGCGGUGGACAAGGUGGUCGAGACCACCGAGGCCAUGGUUGUGGCUGCCGACGGCAAGUACCAGGUCACGGCCUUGAUGGUUCGAAACGCCCUGAAGCUGAAGUGUUCGGUCAAGAGGGUUCAGGAGGCGCUGCGCAGCCGCGGGGUGCGCUUCCGCCCCAUGCGCGAGAAGCCCAUUCGCACUGUCGAUGACGAGAAGGACCGGCUGGCCUUUGGUAAUCGGCACGCCAAGAAGCCCCCCAGCUUCUGGGUGAGUGGGAUCCAUGCGUAUUUGGAUAACAAGAUGUUCCCGUUCUACCCGAAUGGACAGGGCCGCGCAUACGCGGCCAAGAGGGCUGCUCGCGGCACCUACCGCGCCAAGGGCAAGGGCUUGGCGAAGGGCCACGUGAAGCCGCGUAGAUCAUUGAAGGUCACCUUCGGCAAGGGCGUCAACGUGGCCGUCGCCAUCUCCGCGAAGAAGGUUCUCAUGUGCCACGUAGUCCCCAAGCAGUGGAACGCCGCGGAGGCCGUAGUUCCCAGCACUCGAAGUCCUUGUCGCCAGCGCUGCGCCGGGCGUAUUCCAGCAAGAAGCGCUUCCCGGUUCUGGGGGGCAGCGACUCCUUCGGGGUGCAGGAGCGCAGCGCAGACACAGUUCCACAAUUCCAUCGAGGCGCUGCCUUUUCCGAGGCGCUCGCCAGACAUCAGCCCGUUUAAUUGCGGCUUCUGGGGUUGCGUCAACCGCCGCCUCCGCAAGCAGCAGGAGGCCCUCGUGCUCGCCUGGUAA